UAGUCUGUCAAUUACUGUCAAGUGUCAUGAGCUGUCACCUGUAAAUUAUUGUGAAAUUCUGUGUGAAAUCGAAACCGAUCGAAAAUCUAAACUCGAGACAGGUUAAUAUUCUUAUCAAAACCAAAAAAAUAUUUAAAAUGGCUAAUGAAAGCGAACCGACGGAUUUGGAUUGGAUACAGUUACGUAAAGACAUGGGAGCUGCUCAUCAUGUUGAGACUACUUCAGAAAAAUUCGGAAGAAAAAUAACAGAGAAUCCAUUUGUUCCUCUUGGAUGUCUAGCCACAGCAGGUGCAUUAUCUUUUGGUCUUUGGAGCUUUAGAACUGGAAGAAGGAAGUUAUCUCAACAAAUGAUGCGUGCGAGGAUUGUAGCACAAGGAUUCACUAUUGCAGCACUUGUAGUUGGUGUGAUGAUGACAGCGGGGAAGACUGUGAAAUAGAUACAUUUAUUACCUCAUAAAUUGUACUAAGUAGAUGUCUAAUUUUGUAUUUUAUAAAUAAUUCAUUAUUUUUAGUAAUAAUAUAAUUCUUUAUGCAAGCAGAA